AUGGCCAAAUUAGACUCCUAUCAAGAAAAGGCGGAGAUCGGCCUCAGCGAAUUACUGGCCAGAUUAGAGGACGUCAGACAGACCGACCGAAGAGAACUGAAGGAGAUGAUGGACGUCAACCAAGCCCGGACAGAUGGAAAGCAUCAGGAGCUUACAGAAAGAACGGGAAAAACACAACGGGAACUGGAGUCAGUGGAAGUGUGCCUCUGCGCGAGGACAGAUAAACUCCAGGAAGAACUAACGAAAACUAAACGCGAAUUCCAGGCCCGUUUGGAAGGAGUACAGACGAGGACCGAGCGGGGAAUCGCGGUCAGCGCGAGCACAGCUCAGCCACCGACAUUCUACGGGAAUUCGACGUGGAGCGUGUUCCGGCGACAAUUCGAGACCGUAGCAGACCACAACCAAUGGACGGAUAAGGAAAAAUCAACGUACCUAAUUACGGCCCUGAAGGGUCGGGCGGCGGAAAUACUACCCGGCAUUCCGGCAAAUACAACUUACGAGGAAACUCUUCAGGCUCUAGAGGACCGUUUCGGGGACCAACACUUUGCAGCUGCUUACCACUGCCAGUUAAGAACAAGGACGCAGAAACCUACAGAGUCCCUGCAAGAUUUUGCCACUGCCAUUGAACUGCUCGCCCUUCGUGCCUACCCCAAUCUACCUGCAAACCACACCGUGUCUGGAGGAUCCCUGCCCAUACUGAAAGAAGUUCUGUUGACCCUUACCCUAGGGCGCCAACCUAUUACGAUGUGGGUUUUCGUCGCGAAUAUCACCGAUGAGCUCAUCCUGGGACUGGACAUACUACGCGCCUAUGAUGCUUCAGUGGAUAUAGGGCGCCAAACUCUUCGUCUGGCGGAAGAAGAAGUAUCGCUAUGGAGUCCUGGGGCAGGACCCCGUCCUUCUAACUUAGUAGUGGCAAAAGACCAUGUGAUACCCGCACGGAGCGAGGGAAUAGUGAUGGCUAAAAUGAAGAAUCGUCUGGGAGUAGAGAACGGUUUAGUAGAACCAAGCCCCCAGGCCCACCCUCCUGAAGGAAUUUACGUGGCCAGGACCCUAGUUCAGGACUGUCAAGAAGUACCAGUGAGGGUCAUGAAUGUUACCCAAAAGGACCAAAAGCUCAGGAGAGGAUCUCCUCUGGCGCACUGUGAGCCAGUAACACUCGUGGCUUUGCCCGAGAUGGGGCAGCCACCAGCACCAGGUCUAACACCGAAAUUAGCGGACGUGACCACAGCGGCCAAGCCACACCUAAGCCCCGGAGAAUUUCAAGAGUUAGAGGAUCUCGUGUCCGAGUACGCGGAUAUCUUCGCACAAGACAACGAAGAUUAUGGAAGAACAAACAGAGUUUAUCACCGCAUAGACACGGGAGAAGCCCGACCAAUUCGACAGCCACCGAGGAGAAUUUCUCUACUAAAAUCCUUCUGGUUCUGA